AUGGAGGAGGUGUAUAUGAAGGUCCCUCAAGGUAUGGUUGUCACUUCUUCUGAUUUGGUUUGCAAGUUAAACAAAUGUUUGUAUGGUCUCAAACAGGCAUCUAGACAAUGGUAUGACAAGCUAUCUGAUGCUUUACAUUCCAAAGGUUUUCAACAUUCUAAGAAUGAUUAUUCUCUAUUUUUUAAACACUCAACUACUGGUUCUGUGUAUUUGGGGUUCUAUGUAGAUGAUAUUGUGUUAAUUGGUAAUUAUAUAGAAGGCAUUCUUCAUCUUAAACAGUUUCUGGAUGCUCAAUGCAAAAUCAAGGAUUUAGGUUCUUUACAUUACUUUCUUGGUCUAGAGGUUAUGUAUGUGUCUGAUGGUAUUUUGGUCAAUCAAAGGAAGUUUGCUCUCGAAUUGGUUGAGGAAUUUGGGUGCACAGAUUCCAAGCCAACCUCCAGUCCUCUUGCUUUGGGUCUAAAUUUGUCUUCUGAUGUAGGUAGUUUGCUUUCUGAUCCUUCUCUUUACAGGAGGUUAAUUGGCAAACUCAAUUUCUUAACUCACACUAGGCCCGACAUGGCUUAUACGGUUCAGCAUCUUAGUCAAUUCAUGCAGACACCCAGGCAGCCCCAUUUGGAUGCUGCUUUACAUACUGUGUGCUACAUAAAAGGAUUGUCUGGUUUGGGACUUCAUUUCUCCUCUCAUUUCUCUUUUUCUAUGGUUGCAUUUUGUGAUUUGGAUUGGGCUUCUUGUCGUGAUUCCAGGCGGUCUGUUAGUGGUUUUCUUGUUACAUUGGGGUCCUGUCCUAUCUCUUGGAAGUCGAAGAAGCAGACUACUGUUUCUUUAUCAUCUGCGGGGGCUGAGUGUAGGUCUGUUCGGAGAUUGUCUGCCAUUCAGAUUGCAAAGAAUCCUGUCUUUCACGAGCGGACUAAACACAUAGAGCUAGACUGCCAUUUUGUUCGGGAGAAAUUGCAAGAUGGCUUGAUUUCAUUGCAUUAUAUACCUUCUAGUGCCCAACUUGCGGAUAUUUUCACAAAGAGCCUUCCUAGUCAGGCCCAUUUGCAGCAAUUGUCCAAGUUGGGAGUGGGUUCUUCCAGCCCCACUUCCAACUUGCGGGGGUGUUGGGCCACCAUAUUUUACACCUGA